AUGAGUGUAUCAAAUAACUUAUGUCCAUCAAUAUCAGGUAAUUUCAAACAUACUGAAUCUUUUUCAAUGAAACCAUUUAGAUCUUUAUCUUCAAAAGAAGGGAUUAUUACUACAACACGAUUAAAUAAUUUAGUUUCUCCACCCCCAAGAUCACAAAUCCCUAUUAUUCCAAAAAAGUCGCCAGAACAAUUUUUAAAGUCUAGUCUAUUUGAUAAUAAUCCUUCGUUGUUAUUUUGUUAUUGUGAUAAACUCCUCAAAAGAGAUUCAAGUUCAUUCAAAAUUAAUUCUUUAUUAAAUUUCUAUGCAUCUCAUGGUAAAGUAGUAUUUUUAUUUAUAAAACUUGGAGAAAAAGAAAUAUCCUCAACUAAAACAGGAACCCCUCUUUUAAAAGGCAAUACUCCUUUUAUUAGAUUAUAUAAAUCAUAUGUAUUAAAUUGGUGUAAUCGUUACUUAGAUGAAAUAGUGAAAGAAAUAGAAAUAUUAAAAAUAACUAAUGGAACUGAGGAAAUUGAUAUUAGUCAAGAUAAAAAUAGAGAGUUUAUGAAAAACUUUGGGAAUUCUCUUGUUAAGAAUCUAUCAUAUUUAACUUCUCAUCAAAGAAGAAUUAUUAAAGAGUUAUGUUCUUAUAAAGCUAUUUCUCAUGACCAACAAAUAAUCAAACAAGUAUUUUCUUCAUUAUUUUUCCUAAGGUAUUGUUUUCUUCCUUUAGUUAAAUAUCCUUCUUUAUUAAAAAUCCUUCAAAAAGGAGUUUCUGAAUGGAUUUUUGAAAAAACAACAUUUCAUAUAAUAUCAGAAGAUCCUAUGCUUGACUUAAAAAAUGUUCUUAAUACUGUGUUUGAAUUUAUUAUGGAAUAUCCUAAUGACCUUGAAGUAGGAAUGAUAAAUAAAGAUCAACAAGAAGAAUCUUUGCGUAACCUACUUUUAAUUCUAAAAGAUAAUUUGAAUGUACUAAGUGCCUAUUAUACUGAUGGAUUUGGAGAAAUAUUUUCUCUAGUGAAAGGAAAUCAAUAUAUUAGCAAUUCAACAAAUAUGUCAUAUGCUUUAGAUGAAAUAAAAGAAUGGACAGUAACUAAACUAGAAACAAUGAGUCAAUUGAACCUUGAACUUAAGAUGAAAGUUCAACAAAUGAGAGAAAUAAAUGAGAAGAUUAGGCAAAGAAUUACCUUGAUUUCAUCACUUUUUUCUCAAUAA